AUGCUAAAUCAGAAAGAUUUAGAAAUAACUGCUUUACGAUUUCGAGUCAUGGAUGAUCAAGCAACCGCGAUCUUUGAUACGAAAAUUGAUGAUCUCCGCAAAUAUUUUGAGGAGUUAUUGAGUCGCAUAAAGAGAUCAUUCGUACGAUUACCACAAAAUAAUGAAAUGGAAAUUCAAGGUAACACGGUAGGCGAAGUGUAA